AGAAUGGAGUUCAGUUGCAGGAAAAGUAGUCGUAGCAACAGUAGGUAGACAAAUCACGGCCUGUAAGAAGACUCGGAAUCUCAACUAAGUAGGACUGAAUCAUAUGCAAACAUAUGCAUAAGAAGCUUCCUAGAGCUUAUGGAAGCAUUCGGAAAAUCACACUCACCUAUCUGACGUAUCAUCGAGCUAUCACUAACAUGCCGGUAAAAGUACUGCUGCGUCCCCAUUAUCUUUCAGAAAAGCAGACGCUCCCAGUGAACGCAGUUGCGAGGAUGAUUUUGGGUGUGUCGCGCGGCAACGUGACUGGCUGACCUGUAAUCUCGCAUUUUAAUAUAUCGAGAUAGGGCCAACUGGACCUGGACGGAAAACGUUGUUACUACGUCAAUUUUCCGCAAGCACGGGAUCAUCUACUUGAGUACCCUGAAAGAACGACUUGACCUGGAAAGACGACGCGCCGAAGGUGCUUUUUCCUAGGAAACGCGUGACGCUUGUGACGGUGAUACGCUAAUGUCUCAGAAGUUGUCUUAGCGGGCUUCCAUGGUGCGGGACUUCUAGUUGCUAUUUUGGUGCUGGUGCUGGUGUGUGCUAGCGACUGAGGUCGAUAAUAAUCAUUGAGGAUAUUGGAGAUCUACGUCGCCGCGAUCGCUGAUCACUACUGCAUCGUGCUGCUUCUUCCUAUCUCAUGGAUUCAGACUUUACCUAUUCCUGCCUGUCCUCCGAUUACGUCGCCUUUUCGUAGAAGCUUGCCAUCCCGCCGCCGGAAAGGUGCAAUUUAGUAAGCGACCGACAGCAGAUACCUGCAACGAACUGUACCGUACGAAUUCACGGGGUAGUAUAUCAAUGUCCGUAGGGUCAGGGCUACCGACGCCAGCACGAGAAGAAAAGCUAGUCAUUGAGAGUUUUUUCUGCAUCAAGUGACAGAACUGCGUGUAUCGUCUUCUUGAAUCACCGAAAAAGACGCAGCGCCUACGCAUCUACAGGCACUGACGCUAUCGACAGGCUUGAUGCGCAGCAUCCGAUUCAGCGAAGUCUUUACAACGUCAACGUCUUUACAACGUCAACCUCGUGUAGUCGUGUACCAUCAACUGGAAGCAUAUGAAAAUUUUGUCUGUGGCGUGAUUUCAAAAACGAAGAGAAGCAGGCUGCUCCUGUCUUUUGGUGUGACCCUGAGCACGGCACGGGACGACACGAGACAAGUUUCUCUGACUACAGCGUCCUCGUUGAAUAGUACCCCGAACACCCGUUUCGGCUCCGAGGCCUCCUGGGAGUAAGUACGACCACCAGUUUUGCAAGAAUGCCGGAAGUACAACAAGGACGGAAGCCGGACCUUGUUCCGGGGGCUCGUCGUGAUAAUUGGAACGUACCCCAUCGCUACGAGCUCGGUCGCUGUAUCGGCAACGGAAGCUACGGAUCCGUCUAUCAAGCGUAAGAAAUUUGAGGAUGCUUUUAUUUGCUAGAGUUAUCAUAACUCUGCGAUGUAUCAUAACUCUGCGAUGGUGUGUUAGCUAGAGUUAUCAUGCGAUGUAUCAAUUUGUGUAUUUCAGAGGAAGCAUGAUAGUAGCCCAUUUUGUCGGGUUUUCAUAACCAGCGCGCCUCUUUCUACUCACUGUAUUGUUAGCGUUUCUCUGUGAAAAAUACUAUGAGGUAUGAUCGGGUAGAGAAGAGGUCAGUGGCGGUAAAAAAAGUGAAAAGGGUAUUCGAGGAUCUCAUAGAUUGCAAGCGAAUUUUACGCGAGAUUGCGAUACUCUCACGGAUCGACGAUCCGAGAAUAGUCAAGGUACCUUGUGUAGUUACUACUGUUCUAUCUUUCUUUGUUUAGUUUACUUGAUCUCUGUUCUUGCGUGGCUGUGCGUGGUUGUGGUUGAAAUAGGAAACCGAAUAAGACUAUGCAAAAAAAUUACUGUUGACUAAUAUAUAAAUAUGCAAGGCCACUAAAACGGUCAUCAUUAUCUUUGUAUCCUCUUCUACGACCACGAAGAAUUGAUCCGCUACCGAAAACCAAACUGUCAAUACAGCUUUAUGACAUCUGCGUCCCUUCGGAUCUAAGCAACUUCACGGAUAUUUAUCUGGUGCUAGAGCUAUGCGAUAGCGACUUCAAGAAGCUUUUUCACUUGCGAGAAUUCCUCACUGAGUGCCACACAACCACGCUUCUUUACAACACGAUAUGCGGGCUCAGGUAUCAUAGUUCGUUGAAAGCACGAAGACAUUUUCAUUAGUAUAAAAGUAAUAAAUUGCUCUACAAAAUUUUUUAUAUGACGCCUGUAGCAGGCAUGCAUAAAGCGUCUGCGUAUGGUGUCGCGUCGUGUUGGAAAGGGCGGCCGCUUUUCGUCGGGUUCUUCAUGAAAAGUUGUCUGCGUAUGGUAUCGCGUCUUGUUCGUUGGGUGUCGUGUCUUGUUCGUUGGGUGUCGCGUCUUGUUCGUUGGGUGUCGCGUCUUAUUCGUUGGGUGUCGCGUCUUGUUCGUUGGAAAGGGCGGCCGUUUUUCGGGAGGUUCUUCACGAAAAGCGGUCUGCGUAUGUAUGGCGUCGUGUCGUGUUGGAGAGGGCGACCGCUUCUCGUGGGGUUUGGUCUGCGUAUUGUGUCGUGUCGUUUUGGACACAGCGGCCGCGUGUUGUCGGGUUCUCCACGAAAAGCGGUCUGUGUACUAUAGUCCGUGUCGCGUCUUGUUGGACAGGGCGACCGCUUUGUUUUCGUGGGCUUCUCCACGAAAAGUGGUCUGUGUAUGGUGUCGUGUCUUGUUGGAUGAAAGGGCGGCCGCUUUUCGUGGGCCGCCUAUGAGAUGGAAGGAAAAGGAUACCUGGAAGUGGAACGUAGUUAGCUGCUAGAUAAAGGUAGGUCGACUAGACAUUUCACGUCAAUGACCGUCUACUCUUGGUUAUUUGGACGAUAGUUCACUACGACCAGGUACUUGCACUCUGCUGGAAUAUAUCACCGAGACAUGAAGCCCGCUAACUGCCUAGUAAACACCGACUGUGGUGUCAAAAUAUGCGAUUUUGGGCUUUCACGAGCGCUCGGAGAAGAGGCGCAAACACUUCCUGGGAUGCAAGACAGGCAAAACCGUGUGCUUCGGAGGCAGCUGACUGGGCAUGUCGUCACUAGAUGGUACAAAACAGGGAAGCUUACUGGCUAUGAAAAUUUUUAUGCAGGCUUGCGAAAAUGAAUAGAUAAGAGUCCCUCCAUUUGCCUGGAGUCCUAGAUAUUCAAGUUGAGAUGAAUUUCUUCCUAUCGACUCAGGUAUAGAGCACCGGAACUGAUACUCCUGCAGGAAAAUUACACCGAGCAAAUUGACGUCUGGUCGCUAGGGUGUAUAUUUGCAGAGCUCCUCGGUACUAUUCAUUAAGGAAUGUUCUCAUGUACUUGAAGCUCAACAUCAUCAAGACAUUGAGGGAAGGUGCUCCUUAGAUUGGCAUUUAUUUGUUUCGUGUAUAUUGAAUCUGGAGAAAAAUGCGGAACAAAAGCUAUCUAUUUGCAAACAUGAAUAUGUGAAUCAUCAUGCAGGUAUGGUCAAGGAGAACAUACCCUACCCGGGGAGCCGUGGACCUUUGUUCCAAGGCGGUUCAUGUUUUCCUCUCUCGCCUGAUCGAAAGCAGCAACAGGACAAGUAGGCGCCUCGUUGAUCAACUUCCUUUUGAUCACCUUUUUACAUAACCUCACUUAGAUGACUUAAUGCAAAAUUUGACCUUGGAGUGGACGGUACACUGCUGGUUUUCUCUGAACAGCCACUUUGUUUGCUUAGGUUUUUUCUUCGAGUUUGCUUUCGCAUCAUACAUCGAUCAAGCAGGUAUAAGUCGUCAAGUAACCGGGAUCAGUUAAACAUGAUAUUCAACAUUCUUGGGACACCCGAUGAGCGUGCGAUACAAAACUUAGAAAAGGAGGACACCCGUCGCUACGUGCGCUGCUUCAAGCAGCGGAAAGCCGUGCCUUUGAACGAAAUCGACCGAUUUAAGGUAGCAGCAUUGUGCGAAUGGUCGUGUGUAACCUCCACUACUGUCAGUCUUGUUCUCGUCUAUCACUGUCUGUGAAUUUCGACUCGCAAGGCGCGUCAUUUCAAUGAAAGAUUGCCCUUCGUUGUCUCCAUUUUAAUAGAGCUAGAAAUGCCCCGCUCGAGAAAUCCAAGUCCAACAUCUUUCUUUCCAACCUUCUUGAUUUUCCAACAGAACGCAUCACCGGAAUGUUUGGAUUUACUGCAGAAGAUGCUAGUUUUCGAACCUUCUGAGCGCAUUAGUGUGGACGAAGCGGUGCAUCAUCCGGUGUUUAAGGGUAUCCGCAAGCCGGAAGAAGAGACGGUCGCACCGGCAAAAAUCGUCUUGGACUUUGAAUUAAGGCAGCUUGUUUCUCUAUAAUUACCCAUUUUUAAUACCAAGAAAUACAGAACGUGUUCGUCUAUAAUUUGCCAUCUUCAUUAGGUAUUAGAUUCUGAAGGUGUUUCCCCAUUUAGCAAGAGGAAAAGAAGUGGUUCCGAGGUGCUGGUCAAAAUUUUGAGUUUGGGCGCUCUAAUCGAAGCAGAACCGGAGUUGGACGAAGCACGACUCAGGAAAUACUUCUUGCUCGAAAUUCAGCGGUACCAUCCAGACAUCGAGAUGCCUGCACAUCUCAAAGCACUGUGAGACUGCAUCUUGUGGCGAGGAUUUAUUUUGCUCGAGCUGCGUCGGCGCCAGGGAAAUGUCCGACUGAGGGAUUGUGUGUGCACCAGCAUUCUUCUGGCGGAUUGGGUCGCACUUCGCUUAUGCAUUUUGGGUAGAAGCGGAGGAUGAGGUGGUACUAUUUUUAGAUGUCACAGUCAAUUGGUUGAUACUAUUUUUAGCUUGUGGAAGAUUACGGGCAUGGAGAUUUCGUUACAACUACGUACUGUGCAUAGCAGAUACAUAGUCAACAUCUUUUGUUUCCAGAGAUCACAUCGUAGACUCUGGUGCACUACGAAAAUGUUCUUCUAUCGUUUUUGAUCGUAAGAGAGAUUUAUAGGAAUAGCAGAGUUUUUGCCGUUCGUUCAGUUUUCCCGAUAGAACCAUAGUUCUAAGGGGCGGCAAUACCCACUUUCAAAUGUGAUGUGGGAAUUUAAGAUAUACUCUAGCACAUCUCAUGGUCGUGUCCACGAUAAUCAACCAUAAAUAUGGGAAAUCUCAUCAGAGUUGCUAAAUCAUUUGUUUUUACUACAUUUUUAUCAGAUGCUAGUAGACUUCAGUCGUGUAAUGAUUCCUUCUGUACUUUUUGUAUCUUCAACAUCACUAAGAAAUAGCAAUAUGUCUAUCCUUCCGAUACAAUUUGAUCCUUGGCCUGUAUAAUCCUUCUUUGGCAAUUGAUGUUUACAAUGGUCCAUUUCCUUCGUCUCAUUUAUGCUUACUUUGGUUGUGUUAGCCAGUCACCGCCAGAAACGUGUUUAUGAUUUCUAAAUGCCCGACCUUGCGGCCUAGCUGAGUGCGCACCUCUGCUGUCAUCGCUUAGGUAACAACUAAAUGAGGUUUUGGAAUAAUGUCUCCACAGAAGAACUUGUACGCGAUUUUCUCAUUGAAGCCUCCACGCUAAUAUGACAUAUCUUUCCUGUUCAUAAGAAGUUUCCAUCCACCCCAGCGCAUAUCGGGUGUCAGCCUUUGAAACAUUCAUGUAGCUGUUUAUGCAUACCUCUCGUCUGCCAUCCGAAUUCAUUCAGAAGACCACGUAGGUUGGAGAAUGAGCACCCACCUUUGAAUAUUCAUCCAUCGCCUAGUAUCAACAGUGAACUCGUGACAGUCUGGUUGAGUUCUUUGUUAGAUACAUGGAACGCUUGCGUAUGUUAUUCUGUAGUUCGAACUGUUUUUUGGUUACAUUUAUUUCCGUCUCAUCUGGGGGUUGGCUGGGAGCUACAUUAUCAGGGCCUGGCCGGCGGCGACAGGGAUCGCUCUUCUCGGAUCACACCAGAGGUCAUCAAUAAAUCGAACGCUUUCAAUCAUUUCCAGUAGAUUCUUCAUCUUUCCAUCCACCCACCGCGUUCUACAUUUGCAAGUUGGUAUCAUCUACUCGUAUUUUCGAAGUAUAUCGUGAAAGGCUUGUAUUUGCUGAGUUCUCCGUAAGUAGCAAAGGGACCGGCUGCGACUCAGCGCUCCACCAUGGGAGAGCAAGAACCAAAAGUUCAAUUUAUAGUUAUUAUGGGGUGGAGGCAGUAUGUUUAUGUAGCGUAAAGAUACAUAGCCAAACAAAAAAGUUUGUUUGUUGGCUGCAGUCCAAAGAUUGACAAAAGAAUUGCACAGCAUGUCGAGUCUGUCCUGGCAUAUCACACCAUCUCAGCAUUCUAUUUCUGUGAAACUUUUCAAUUUCAUGUUGUGGUUGUACUCACAUUUAUGAUGUAAGUAAUCUCCUGCAACAUCCACGUUCGGUUGUUGUGGUACACGAUAGAAAUCAAGAAGGGUCACGGUGAAUAAAAGAGAUGUCUGCAGGUGGCUUGGCGCCGGCAUGCAUGACAGGAGAAAAUACAGAUUCAACAU